AAAAAAAAAGGUCCAAGGAGCCAAGACGAGCUGAGGAGUGAGGAGUCCGAGUGUCCGACUCCGCGAGAAGCAUCUCCGGGCGAUCCGAUGGCGGAGGAGGGCGGCGCGGUCAAGCGGAAGGUGGAGGCCCCUCCGCCGGAGACGGAAGGCAUCGUGUGGAGGGAGGACGCGGGGAGGUUCGAGACGCCCGACGGCGAGGCCUUCCUCCAGUACCACCUCCUCCCCGGCGGGGGCAGGGGCGGGGGCGGCGCGCCUCCUGCUGCGGCGGCGGCGGUGAUGGACAUGGUGCACACGUACGUGCCGCGGAGCAAGCGCGGGCAGGGGCUCGCCGCGCGCCUCUGCGACGCCGCCUUCGCCCACGCGCGGGGCCGCGGCAUGCGCGUCGUCCCCACCUGCUCCUACAUCUCCGACACGUACCUGCCACGUAAUCCGGCGUUGAAGGAGCUGGUGUACAAGGAUCACGAACCGCAUCCCAAACCCAGCAGCAUGUAGCUCUGUCCAAGGAAGUAAGGAACACCCAUUUCACUCGAUCCAAAGGCGGCAGGUGCUACUAAAUAAGCAGAUAUCCAAUUGAUAGAAGUGUAAAGUGUGUGGUUUCACGGCGCCUCGUGAAAGAUCCUUGAUGCCAAAUGGUACACUUUGGGCGUCUCUUGUGAUUUCGAGAACAGAGGCUGCAUAACUUUUGCGAAACAACGGGCGUCUCUUGUGAUCCUUUCUUGCUAGCUAUAGGAGGCAAAUUAAAUGGACAUGUGUUUCCUUUUCAGCAUUGAGCAUUCACGAAUGAAGCAUCAGUAUAUAUAUGUAUCCAAAUUUAAGUAACUAGAUAUAUUGAAUUGUCAUUGCUA